CUCAAUCAAUCGCAGCUGACCAUCUGGAACUUGAAGGACUAUAUUGGAUUUCCGAUAAGCUGAUUGAUCUUGUCAAUUAUAGACACAUAAGGAUAAAACCGAUUCUUAACCAAAACAAUAGAAAAACCACAAAAAAAAAAACAACCAAAAUUUUCUACAUUAAAAUUUUUAACCUUUAGGUUAUAUAAAGGAGAGGAAAACAUAACGUUUUUUUAGUUCAUUAAAUUGUAGUGUUUUUUUUUAAGUAAAUGUUUUGGUAAAAGUUUCGGCAUCUUUAGCUUUAUAAAUUUUAACGUUCUCUCCCCCCUCUCCGCACUGAUGGUGAUCAUGUCAACUCUAAGGGCGAAAACAUGCGAGAAAUCUUCGCUGUCUACUAUCGAGGAAUAUGAGCUUAGUCAGUGGCUAAUGCAAAAUGAUGUUAACCCGGCCAAAUUGCGGCGCACUUUUACCGAUGUUCUGCCCCUGGCACGUCUACUCUCACGCUACUUUCCCGGACUGGUGGAUGUUAACUUCUAUCCGGCCCGUAAUAGUGUGCGCAGCAAACUGGACAACUGGGAGCAAUUCAAUAAGCGAGUGCUAAGCAAAUUGGGAGUUCAUAUGACGCGGGAUGAGAUGGAUCGUGUGGCACGCAGUGUUCCGGGCUCAAUCGAACUGCUAUUGUUUAGCAUUAUGAAUGCCAGUAGUAGUCGAAAAUCGAGGAUCAACUUUUAACUUCCACCAUUUACAAAGAAUAGAAAAGGAAAAUAAUGCCCACUCA